ACGCGCAUUUCAGGGGGCGCAUCAAAUAAGAUGCGAUUGGUGAUGGCAGGAGUUUGCUGCAUGCACUCGAGAUUGAUUCACAGAGCAGCUCUAGGAGGUGUAUUGUAUAGAAGAUGGCUUUCAUCUGGAAAGGACUCCCUAAGCACAGCCAGCAAGGAGAGAUUUCCAACCGCUACACACGUAACCGUCAAUGAUGCUGUCUGCCAUACACCAAAGGAGGCAAAUACUAACCUUCUGAACUUUCUCAACCAGUCAGACAUUCAAAAGAGACGUCGCAGCAUUGAAAUUCCCUGCUUCACAGCCGGGAGCUACCUGGCCGUGACACGAGCCGAUCCACACUCCCCUACUGGCACCUCAAAGUUUGUCGGUAUCUGUAUCGCCCGUCGCAACAAGGGUCUGGGCUCCACUUUUAUCCUCCGCAAUGUUCUGAAUGGAAUGGGUGUUGAGAUGAUGUAUGAGCUCUACUCCCCGGCCAUCAGAGAGAUACAGGUCCUGAAGCUGGAGAGGAGGCGGCGGGCCAAACUCUACUACCUCCGAGACAAGCCUGCCAAGUACUCCACCGUGAGCGAGAAGAUGCAGCCAGUGCCAAACGAUGGAGUGCCCUCUGUGUACAAGAGAAAGAAAGGAGAACCUGCUUAGUUGACUAAUGAGUAUGAAGUGAAUUAAGUUCCAGGCCACUGCACAUGAUCAGAGCUAGGCUGGUAACACUUUCAUACUUUUUCUCUGCUUAUGUAUAUAUAUAUAUAUAUAUAGCUCUUCUUCUGCUAGUUUAGCUCUAGAAAUUUGUGUCUUGGCACUUCAAAUGAGCGCCAUAGCGCCAGCCGGCACACGUGUUAUGUAUAUGGAAUGCGAGUACAGUAAAUGCAUAUGCAAUGUAAAUGCACCCCCUCCAUUUGAAACACACCCC